AUGUCCUUUUCCAUGAAGAAGAUCUUUGGGGCUAAGGAAAAAACACCCUUGGGUUUCUGUGAUGCCCCACAAAUGACUGUCUCUGAGUUUUUCUUCGGUGAAAAUCCAAACUAUCCGAAAUACCAUACAACAUACAGACCAUUGGAGCUUAUCCACCGGGUUGCCGCUGAGGGCGAUGCAGCCCAGAUGGAGAUUCUCCUCACGCUUGGACAGUGCAACGUGUACCACAGAGACCGCAAGGACAGGACGGCUUUGCACUUUGCCUGUGUCUACGGCCGGCUACCAGUAGUGACCAUUCUACUGAACAAUAAUUGUGAGAUCGAUGCCUUGGACAAGAACCACACCACACCUCUGAUGAAGUCUGUCCAAUGCUGGAAGCAGAAAUGCGCGACCGUGCUGCUGGAGCACGGCGCUGAUCCAAACAUUAGAGACAGCAAUGGCAACAGUGCCUUGCACUACGCUGUGUACAACGGGCAUGAGGAGAUGGCGUCCCUACUGCUUCAGUACAAGGCUGAUAUCGAACAAAAAACCAAGGAUGGCUUCACACCGCUGUUGCUGGCUCUCCGAGAAAAGCGGGUGGAGGUGGCAGAGUUUUUAGUAAGAAUGGGAGCAGACAUACAUGUGGUAGAUGAGCUGCAAAGAAACACCUUGAUAUACGCUAUAAGAUGUGGAUCAAAAGAUCUGGCUGUAUUACUCCUUGAGAAAGGUAUUGAUUUCUUCUACAAGGAUGUCUUUGGAUGGACAGCAUUGCGCUAUGCUAUUGAAGGCCACUGUACUUUUAGACAGACACUUCUGGAUUUUGAAGAAAAUCUACAUAGUAACAAAAAAGAUAAGGAACCAGAACUAGAAGUUGAACCCAAUACCUCCUGCAUUUUAGCAAAACAAAUAGAGGCUGGGAAUGACUCAUUAGCCAGGAUCUCCAGCUGUCCUAGCCCCGCCACUCCUGUGCUUACAAGGAAGGAAGAGGAGAACAGUGACGCCAGGAGUAACUCGGAGAACAAGCCUCCUAACUGUGCUGGCAAUUCACCGGCGGCUAUAGACAAAAUAUUUGGAAAUAGAGGAAAAAGAACUGUGGAAGCAUGGGUUGAAAAAGAUCCAUCUUCAAAGCCUGUCACGGAAGUCAGAGAAUCUGUUACAAAUGAAACAGUGGAAAGGAUCAAGUUGUUGCCUUCCAUAUCAGAAACAGAGUUAGAAUUGAUGUCAGUAGAAGAUGUGUCUGAUGAAGGUGAAAAUGAUCAGCCUUUGAGUGAAUCGGAGCAUCUUCCACAGAGAAAGGUUGGCCAUUCAUCUGGUGCAGCAUAUCAAGUGGGAAAAAUUAAUAUAAACCGACAAAUGAAAGGUAGGAAUAGCAUUUUAUUAAAAAUUUAUGUGAUCACUUACUUAUUCAAAACAGGUCACUGUUACAUGAUACCAAAAUAUUAUUGA